AACAAAAAGCAGUGGAUUUAAAUGAUGCGGUAGUUGCCGAUACGCCACCCUCAAAGUUAAAAGGUAUAAGACCACAAGCAAAUCAUGAUGUGGAAGGGUCCUCGAAGGUUCGCACAAGAUUUGGGAGUGUAGCAUGAGGGAUUAAGGCAAAACAUCCUCGACUGGUUGUGGAAGAGUCCGCGCCGAAACGCACAAGAUCUGGGAGUGUAGCGCAAGGAAUUAAGGGCAAACUUCCUCGUUCAAGGAAAGAUCGAGAUGUAAAUGAGGGGGGAAUACGUGAGACAGCGUAUCGUGCAAGCCUAAAUGGCAUAAAGACAUUAAUUGAGGAGCUGAAUUUGAGUGAUGAUCACAAGAAAAUCAUGAAGAAAACUCCAUUCUGGAAGAUUUUCAAGUCCAUUAUUGAGAACAAGUUGACAUCCGCGCAUUGUCGAAAAAGCGACAAAAUUAUUGUCAAGAUCAUCAACGCAUAUGAUCCAGACACUGGUGGGUUUACAUUGGGAGGCAAGACUAUUAGGAUAACACGAGAUGACAUAUUUAGUAUAUUUGGCAUAACAGGGGGUUCUGAAAAGGCCAGUUUCAAGUAUGGAUCCAGAGAAGGAGUUGAAAUGGUGAGAAGAGGUUUUAUCGAAGCAGAACGUUUAUCGAGUUCAUCGCUAAAGGAACUUGUGAAACAGUAUGUGGUUAAAAACAACAAGGCCGGAAGGCAAGAUUUUGUAUGGCUACUGUGUGCCUACCUAUUACAUAGUCUUUUUUUCCCCGCCGAGACAACUGUGAAAUGGGUAUAUUUGGAACGUGUUGAGGACUUGGAACGAUUACGAAACUAUGAUUGGUGUGGGGCGAUUCUGGAUGAACUAAUGACAUCAAUAAGACAGCAUCAUGAUGACCCAAGGAGGGUGUCAAGGUGUGUCGUGGUUCUUCUGUACUGGCUAUGCGAGCACACCAAUCUAGUGAAGCCCCUCAAUACCGAAGAAUCACUGGGUAUAAUUAAGUGGAGGACGAUGGAUUUGGUAAAUGCGUUUAGGGAAAUAGCACUCAAUGAGCUUGAAUCUGAUCAAGUGGUUUCAUGGCAACAAAAUGUUCAUGAUACCAAUAUGGUUUCUGGGAACAUAGACAAUGGCGAUGCUGGAAUGUCGAGGGAAAAGAUUGGAAAUGAGUGGAGAAAUGGUUCAGCAAAGUAUGGUAAUGGGACUCAAUGUAGUAAGCGUAAACAUGCAUUGGUGAUCGGUAAAAAGGGGGAUUCAGCGAGAAUGAUAAGGAAUCAGGACAGUGUGCACACGGUGGAGGAUUUCUUGAAACAGGGCAGUUUGCACAUGGAAUAUGGUGUUGAAAUUGCAUCACGGAUCAGUUAUAUUCGGGACAGUGGCCCUAGUGUUGAAUACAUCAGUAAUCCAACAGAACAUGAUCAGAAUUCAAGUGUAAUUGGUGAGCUCCGUGACCAAAUAGCGAAUAUGAAGGACCAUAUGAAACAGAUUGAGGAGAUACAUGCGAGAGAAAUUGCAAUCAAGGACAAGAAGAUUGAAAGCUUGGAUGAAACUGUUUUGGUCCUACUGAGUGAAAACAGUAAACUAUGGGAUCAACUUACGGAGACAGCGGUACACGAAGUGACGCAGAAAUACAGACCCAUGACACCGGAGGAGCAAGAGCGUUCUAUGAUUACCCGUCUGAAAGCAAGGAUGAGGAAGGACACCGAAAAAGAGGACUACGAGUAUGGACAGAAACAUAAGAGACACACAUCAGAAUCGUCAAAAGUAGAUGCAGAAGUCGACCCCAAAGGAGUGAUCGAUGUUGAUAAUUUUAUCGCAGGGCCAGAAAAGGGACCUUUUAAGCCUAAACCGAUUAGAAACCUUAGGACAAACGCAGUGCAUCGUCUACUCUCGAGCGAGGAGAAAGCUAAGAUUAAAAAAAUGUGGGAUGAAGCCUAUAGUAGCACGAUUAUAUGGUCAGGGACCGUUGUGGGAUGUUCCGUGUUUGUUGAAGAUAUCCGUCAACUCAUUGUUGAUUCUGCGAUAUCAGGGAAUGUUAUUGAUGCAUAUGUGGAGAUUCUAUCAACUGAGCAAGGUAGUGUGGCAGAUCAGAUGCAGGGUGAUUGCACACAAGGGACGAACAAGACGGUUUAUGUAUUCACGUGCAGUUUUUUGACAAUGCUAGGGUGUAAGUGUCCUAUAGAACGCAAAAAAAUACUUGAAAGAAUGAUGCCGCAAACGGCUUCUUACCGAUACUUGAUGUUUCCAAUCCACUUUGGUUAUCAUUGGACAUUACUUGUCCUCGACAAUGAAGAGGGGAGCUGGAAGUUUUACAAUUCUAUGAGGGAAAGAACCGAGGUGGAUGCCCACUAUAAGGCAGCGGAACAACUGAAAAAUCAAGUGGAAAGUUAUUGGAAAAGCACUAGAGAUGGGUUGCUAACAACCCAGGAUUGCGAACCCAUAGUGACAGUCCAAGACAGUCCCCAACAGGAAGAUAGCAGCCUCGAUUGCGGUGUUAUUGUGUGUUAUAUCAUCCGGCAAUACUAUCGAGACGAAGAAAUCGCGCCGAUCCUAAGGAAAGCAGCAUGUCAUAAAAUCCGGUCUGAAAUAGUUAAAGCAUUCCUAAGUGGUGCAGGCCAUUUGUGGAGUUAGGAUAGUAGUAGAUGGUAUUCCCAACGUCGU